UGUUAGGCCUCCUACUGAGGGCAGGGGCCCCAGAGAACCAUGGACAGGGCAACGCUCUACUAGGCUCCUUGGUUCAUCUCGGAUCAGCCCUUGGGCCCCUGGCAUCUAAGGCAGCAAAAUGGCAAGGGGACACCGCCCGGGGUGGGGCACGCCAACGCGACAAUACCUCUUGGCCUUGGGUGGAUAACGGCACCCCGGGGCAAACGCUAGGGGCGGAGCCUAGGGGCGAGGGGCUUCCCCAAUCAGUCUCCGCCCUCGCGCCCUGGACUUCGGCCCCAUUCUAUCAGGUGAGGGUGCAGGCACGAAAAGAAGACCGGGCACGAAAAGAAGACUGGGCCUGCCGCCCCACUCUGUCCCGUCUACUCAGUCCCCAGCGACUCGCAGGGGCUCGUGGGGCUGCGGUCCAGUUGCCGUGCUCCCCUGCCCUGCGCUGCGCCGCGCGUCUUGGUAGGCGCUGCGCUGCCGGGGCCGGGUCCUGGGCCAGGGCGCCUCUGCCCCCAGCCGGACCCAGCGGACUGUCCUCCGCCGCGCGCCCGGCACAGCAUGUGGAGGCGCUGCUGGCGGCAGCGCGUGCUGGCUGCCGCCUGUCUAGGCGCCGCGCUCCUGCUCCUGUGCGCCGCGCCCCGCACCCUGAGUCCGGUAUUUGGAAACAGAGCCCUGGGCUCCAGCUGGCUUGGUGGGGAGAGGAGAAGCCCCCUGCAGAAGCUCUAUGACCUGGACCAGGACCCGCGCUCUACCCUGGCGGAGGUGCACCGGCAGCGGCGCGACCUGCUGAGCAGCGCCUGUAGCCGCCACACACGCCGGCAGCGCCUGCUGCAGCCAGAGGACCUGCGGCACGUGCUGGUGGACGACGCGCAUGGCCUGCUCUACUGCUACGUGCCCAAGGUGGCGUGCACCAACUGGAAGCGCGUGCUGCUGGCGCUGAGCGGCCAAACCCGCGGCGACCCGCGCGCCAUUCCCGCGCACGAGGCGCACGCGCCCGGCCGCCUGCCCUCGCUGGCAGACUUCAGCCCCGCUGAGAUCAACCGGCGCCUACGUGCCUACUUGGCCUUUCUGUUCGUGCGAGAGCCCUUCGAGCGCUUGGCGUCCGCCUACCGCAACAAGCUCGCGCGCCCCUACAGCGCUGCCUUCCAGAGGCGUUAUGGCACACGUAUCGUUCAGCGCCUGCGGCCACACGCGCUCCCGGACGCCCGGCUCACUCAGCUCCCACACAGCCCCCGAUGGGACCUGUUUGCUGAAACUGACACCAAUCCGAAUGUCUCAUUCCCAGAAGCACAGCUGAAUGCAUCUGUGGGCUUCAGCAAUGAGUGCGACAGCAGCAGGGUGAAGGCAAGGCCCAGGGCUGCUGAGUGCAGCUCCAAAUGUGUGUCACUAGCACACUCCAAGGGGUCAGUGGGCCCAGAUCUCAGGAUGCUGCCUUUCCCCAUCAUGCUGCGGCUCCUGCAUGAGGAAAAAGGUGUGGCUGUCUGGGACAAAGGCUUGACGACAGUCGUUUAA